AUGCAGAUCCUUAUUGUUAUUCUAUUAAAUUUAAUUAUUUACAAAUGUUGCUGUUCGAAUUCUUCGUGUUUACCGUGUGCAUCCACACUUUAUAAAUCAUGUUAUCAUUGCGUUAAUAAAUUUUCCAUGAAUUAUAUUUAUAUCGAAAAAGUUUCUAUCAUUUGUAAUUUAACAAAAAAUCAUCAUAAUCAUAUUUUUCAAGAGCAACAACGUUUCUAUUCGACUAUUAAAUAUUUUUCAAUGAAACGUUGCACAAUGCGAACUUUCUAUUUCGAUCAAUACACGCUAUGGAAUUAUCUUGAAACGAUCUCAAUUAGCAAUGCUCAUCUAACGCGUCUAUCGCCUGUCAUUUUUAAUCGAUCAUUAUCGUUCUCGCCUGUUUUAUAUAGUAUAAAAACAUUGAACCUUUCACAUAAUUCAAUACGUAUUAUUGACAAGAAUUUUUCACAUUAUUUUCCAUCAUUAGAAAAACUUGAUUUUAGUUACAAUCGACUGGUUCUUAUUCGAAAGAAAACAUUUAUUAAUUUAGUAUAUUUACAAGAGCUUUAUCUUAAUAACAAUAAUUUAAAACAAAUUUUCUCGACUACUUUUCCACGUCAACCAUUAGGCUUAAUUAACUUAAAUUCGAACCGUUGGCAUUGCUCAUGUACAAACGUAUUAACACUUUCAAUUAGCCGACCCAUACCAACGUGUCAAUCACCAAUUCAAUAUAAAAAUCACAAUGUUGACGAUAUUGCACGGCAAUGUUUUCUUCGUUCAAAAGCAAUUAUUUUAAUUACUACUAAUAUUGAUGAAGGGCAAAAUUUAACAUGCUCGUUAUCAUCAACUGUUGACACGUGGAAAAAUAGAAUAAAUAAAAAUGUUACACUCGUGUCGGCUUGGCAUAUAGAACAACGUCGGCCAAUCUCAAUAGAAUUUCUUUAUGCUUUAAGUAAAAACCUCGAAAAAUAUCUAAUCUGUUUCGAUUUAAAUUCUUCUCAAUCGGAAUCUAUACAUACAAUAAUUCCGCUUGCAUUGAAAUUAUCUUCAUUAAAUUAUACACAUCAAAAUAAAACUUUCUUCAUGCCUGUCACAACCAAUCCAACAUUUAUCAUCGUAAAAGCUGAAAGACAACUUCCCGAUAUUUUCCUUUGGUUAUUAAAUGCAAGUAAAAAUGUUCUACCGGAACAUAUUCGAACGUCCGACAAACAAGUUCUAAUUGUUUGGUUAAUACUUCUUACCAUCGUGUUAUUUAUUUUAUCGAUUCUCCUUUAUUUUGUUUAUCGUCAACGCCAGAAAGCAGCAAGCUAUCAAAUCAAUUCACAUUUUCAUCGUUGCGAUGACGAUUCUCUUCGUCAUCCGCCCUUAAUUAAUCUUAAAUGUGCUUGUAAAACUCAUAAAUGUCUAUGUCAAUACCACCGGCAUAUAGAUUCCACAAUGUGUUUAGCAGAAAUCAAAUCUUCAAAAUCGGUUAUCGUAUCAAAUCCCGACUCGAUCAAUACGAAUACUCGACCGUUAUUAAUCAAACCAUCUGAACUAUGCCAUGCAAAAAUUAAACGAAUAUCGCCAAUAAAACAAUUCGAUAAAGAUUAUCUAGCAGGACAAUUUCGAACUACAGUAAGAUUAAAAUCCUUACCGAAUUGA